GAUCAUUUCAACGAGGCUGCACCGAGGCAGUAACGUUCCCCUUAUCUCUUCAUUUUCCGUUCUUAUGGUAGUCAUGUCGGACAGCGAGAAGGAUCUCAUUGACGAGCUUCAAGAAUCUGAUGUAGAGGAGGACGACAUUGACCCGAACGAGAUGCACGUCGGCAAACAGCUGACAGUCCCCGUGGCGAAGAUGUAUACUGCUCAGGACCUCCAUAUUCUCAUACAUGAGGGAAUCAUAGACCUAUGUCCGCCGUAUCAACGAGACGUCGUAUGGACUGAGGCGAAGCAGACAAAACUAUUGGACUCACUGUACCGCAAUUUCUAUGUCCCUCCGAUUGUCAUGGUCGUUAUGUAUGAAGAUGGGCAUCGGGUCAUGCGAUGUGUGGAUGGAAAACAGAGAUUGACUUCCAUCCAGAAGUUCAUGGACGGACAACUGCCAUACAGAGAUCCAUUCACAAAGAAGGCCUUUUAUUACACAUUACCUAGAUCUAAGCCCUCAAGAUUACAAGUGCCACAAAAGAUGAGAGAGGAGUUUGCGCUCAAGAAAAUUACGGUCGUCGAGUAUGUGGAUCUAGACCCUGCCAUGGAACGCGACAUCUUCCAGCGAGUACAACUCGGAAUGCCCCUAACCGCCGCAGAGAAAUUGCAGGCCGUUUCGUCGGCUUGGGCGACCUGGAUAUCAGAGAUUGACUCACGUUACAUGAGCUGCGAAAAUGGCAUUACCGACAUCGUCAACGUUGACAUCAAACGUGGAAGGAAUUUCCAGUCCUUGGCACAUCUGGUAUACUGCUGCUAUGGUGUCCCGGAACAACUCACUCCUACACCCUCGAAACUGGAAACGUUCCUUACGAAGACGAGUCCCCCUGACCCGGAGUUCAAGUCGUCCAUCGUCCACGUCUUGAAUGAUAUUAUGGCUAUAGCGAUGGACAAGAAUAAGAACAAGGCCUUCACGUACAUCAAACAUCGGAUAGCUCCUAUCGAAUUUGUCUUCAUGGGCGUCGUUCUAUUUGUGAUGAUGAAGCACUCGACGGAGAAGCAACGGGCUGAGGAAAUUUACAACAUGCGAACGUUCAUUCGUGAGAAGUACCAAGACGUUCGAGCUCGCGGAGACAUCAUUCGGACACUCUGGAUGUUCGUGUCAGACAUCGCACGAAAGUACCGCACUGGCUACCAGUUUGAUAAACCUGCUCCGGCGCGGAAGACCAAGAAAAAGCGGACGAGGGCAGAUGAAGAUGACGACAGUGAGGACGAGUUUGAUGGGACGAAAAGAGGUACAAAUUCUCGUCCGAAGAGGAAGUAGCUCGAUUUUUUUGAUCUGUUCCAGUGCUUCUUGUCCUUCUUUCAUGAACAUCGAUUCUUCUGUGACUGUAUCAUUGUACUACCGCCAGGCAUCUUAUCCAUAUCCCGCUUAUUUCUUCUAUUUGUUAUCCGUUGUACAUGACUCUCGCUGUAUACCAAACACCCUCUUUGUCCGUGAUUGCACGGGCAUAUUUGAGCAAUAGUUUGUCUCGUUCUUUGUUAUUUACCACGAUGUCUUCGAGGAAUGGUGAGAUGUCUUCUGCCUUCCAUCGAGGCCGAGUCAAGAAUAUAUCUGUGAAACGAGC